AUGGUGGAAGGCAAUUGCAAUGCUAUGAUCCAAAGAAUUCUACCACAGAAAUUUAAAGACCCCAGAAGUGUGACCAUCCCAUGCUUUAUUGGGGUUGUGUCAGUAGGAAAAGCUCUCAUUGAUCUGGGGGCAAGCAUCAAUCUAUUGCCUCUCUCUAUGUGCCGGAGAAUUGGAAACCUGAGGAUUGCUCCCACUAGGAUGACGCUUCAACUAGCAAAUCGAUCCAUUACCAGAUCAUAUGGUGUAGUUGAAGAUGUCCUGGUUAAGGUUCACCAAUUCACUUUUUCGGUGGACUUUGUGAUAACGGACAUAGAAGAGGAUUCUGAUAUCCCCUUGAUAUUGGGCCGACCAUUCAUGCUUACUACAAAAUGCAUUGUGGACAUGGGGAAUGACAACUUAGAAAUGAGUGUGGAGGACUAA